GGAAAGGGGCGAAUAUGCCCCAGUCCUCUUAGCGUUUCUCCUUCCUCGUGUCGUAAAUCAACGGCCACGAAAGCAACUUUCGAUCCAAUCAAAGAUCCAACGGUUGCAAGAGUCCAAAUAUCAGGACUUUUCUCUCAUUCAACCUCACCCACUGUGACUGUGCUCUCAACACCUUCACAGAUUUUCCCUAAUUCAGCUCUUCUCGUGUUUAUAUAUUUUCUUGCAUUUUCCGAUUCAGUUUUCUCGGGGAAGUCAUGGUGAAAGGUCCAGGUCUCUACUCCGAAAUCGGCAAGAAAGCUCGAGAUCUUCUGUACAAGGAUUACCAGAACGACCACAAAUUCACCAUCACCACUUACACUUCCACUGGAGCGGAAAUCACUUCAACUGGUUUCAAGAAAGGCGAGGUAUAUUUGGCAGACGUUUCCACUAAGCUGAAGAACAAGAACAUCACAACUGAUGUAAAAGUGGACACUUACUCAAAUCUCUUUACUACCAUCACUGUGGAUGAGCCUGCACCUGGACUCAAAACAAUUUUUAGCUUUAUUUUUCCAGAUCAGAAAUCUGGCAAGGUGGAACUCCAGUACCAGCAUGAGAAUGCUGGAAUCAGCACUAGCAUUGGAUUGACAGCAAAACCCAUCAUUAACUUCUCUGGUGUAGUUGGAAAUAAUGUUGUCUCUAUUGGGGCUGAUCUUUCAUUUGAUACUGCAUCUGGCAACUUAACCAAAUACAAUGCAGGGCUGAACUUCACUCAUUCCGACCUGAUUGCGUCUCUCGCUCUGAAUGAUAAAGGUGAAACCCUUUACGCCUCCUAUUAUCACACAGUAAGUCCACUGACAAAUACUGCUGUUGGUGCGGAGUUUUCUCAUGGUUUUUCAAGCAAUGAAAAUAAACUCACAAUUGGCACACAGCAUGCUCUUGACCCCUUAACCUUGGUUAAAGCUCGUGUUAACAACUAUGGCAGGGCAACUGCUCUGAUCCAGCAUGACUGGACCCCAAAAACCCGUUUCUCCCUCGUUGGUGAGGUGGACACGGGGGCCAUUGACAAGAGUGCAAAGAUUGGUCUUGCUUUGGCCCUUAAGCCUUAAACUUGGUGAUUUUGCGAGUGAAAUUCUGCGCCUCGGGAUGGAUUUAGGGUUGCACUUUCCCAAAUGAUGUGACCUUUUGGCCCGUUAUUCCGGAGCUAUUGAUUUAUUCAUAUUUUGUUGGGAAUGGGUUUUAAAAAUAAUUAGCACAAACAAUUUAAGACUAGUCCUUUUAGUUUCAACCAAUCCACUCGAACGUCAACUAUUGAUACACCGUUGAGUAAAGUUUUGAUCAUGGAAAGUGAUCUUUCUGCAAUUAUGAUGUUUAUUGUUUUUUCGAAGUUUUGAUUUAGAGGCCAAGUUAAUAUUUAGUU